GCACUCUGACCCGGAUGUUCUUUCAUUUUAGCUGAAGAACGGAGUCUGCUUGUUUUUCCCAUGAUGUCUGUCUGAGGACCAAAACCUUCAAACGAACCCAUAUUUCUGGAUUGAAAGAAGUCUAGCCGCACAUUAAGAACCUGUAAACAUUACUAUUAUAGAGUAAGUGCGUCGUGGACCAGAUUCAACCAAACGGAUCGGCGUUUUCAGUCCUGAAAGAGGCUUUGCGGAGCUUUUAGACUCUGAGAGGCUAACUGUGCGUUAGCUGCUCACCUACAGAGAAAGUGUGGGGCUUUUAAGAAAACACCAGAAGACGGGAGGUGAAAUAACAAACCUAUUAAUACAUACAGUACUCUGCUUUGAUAACAUUGUACCUGUGCUAAUGCUAACAGAUGAUGUUACAACACACAAGCUAAUGAAGGAUAUUUGUUAAUCAACGUUUAUCUGCGGACAUGUACAGAUUUACUGCCAUGUAGAGAGGAAUAUCGGAACAUAAUUUGAUAUUCAGUCCAGUCUUGUCGUUGUUGGACCUCAACUUGACCCCUCAAACUCGUUAUAAAACCAAAGAGGCAGCAGAUGUAACGCUAGCAUGUUAGCUAACUGUCCGGCUCAGUUGUAGCCUGUCGUUAGCUCGUCUUCUGCCUGCUGAACAGCUGGAUGUGUUUCUGAAGGUUUAGUCUCUUCACUACACUCUAAGACCAGUCUUUUCUAAUGUAGUUCACUUGCAGCAGCUUUAUCUCUAAGAUUGGACUAAUGUAUUCCCAUACUGUUUGUUGUUUAAGCUAAUUUAUCUCAGACAAACGGCUUUAUGAUGACAGGAUGACAUUCAGUGUUCAAUCUGAAUUUCUGCAUCAUGUGGACGUGGCAUGGCUAAAGUUAAGACCUCCUCAUGUCAGCAUUUCUCUAUUUCUCCACAUCUUAAGUCAUUUAAGGGAUCUUAGGACUUUGAACAAUGCUAAAACAUUUUAAGCAAACACCCUUUCUUCUGUAAUAACAUUGAAAAUGUGUCAUAUGUAGCCUCACCUACUGCAGAGCUGACAAACACAGUCACAGUAUUUACAGUUUAAACUCCACACACCCUCACUUUACAGUAUGUGAAGGCUGGGAAGGCAGUAUGUGACUACUUCAGCUCCAAAAUGGUUGAUCCAGUAUGAAAAAUAUCUAUUAAAAGCAGAAUUUUAUGGUUUUUAAAUCAAUUAAACACUGUAUUCAGCUGAGAACAGUCGUAAGACAAAAGGACAACUGUUGAAAAAAUAUAUCUUGUAUUGGAUACAAUACUAAUACUAAUUUAAAAUUGAUAGCAGCAGCAUGUUUCAAUAGAGCCAGGAGAUAGGCAUGUUUACUAUUGUGUUAAGUCACAUAUUCUGUCAACAACACUCUGAAAACGGUAGAAAACAGGGAGACUAGGCUGGCCAGUUUAUCAGCAGGACUCUUCUACUACAGAGCCAUGCGGUCGUAAUCCCUGCAGAAUGUGGUUUGUCAUUGUCUUGCUGAAAUAUGAAGGUCUAUCCCGAAAAAGUCUUUGUCUGGAUGGUAGCAGAUGUUGCUCCUAAACCUGUAGAUAUAGCUCAGCAUUAAUGGAGCCUUCACAGAUGUGGAAGCUGCCCAUGCUGUUGGCGCUGAUGCAUUCCCAUACCAUCACAGCUGGCAACUGUGUGUUGAUUAAUCAACUGUGUGUUGAUUAGCUGGAUGGCUAUGCUCCUCUGGCUAUGCAAGGGGCAUGACAUCUGUUAUUUCCACUAAAAACAUCUGCCAGAUUUUGAUUUGUCAGACCACAGGACAGUUUAACACUUGGCCUCAGACCAUCGUAAAUGGGGUUGGGUCCUGAUAGGUCGCCAGCACUUCAAGACCAUACAUAAAUCAAGUUUCCUCUCAACGCAGUACAGUUUUAACCUGCAAUUUGUGAAUGUAGCAGUGAUCUGUGUUCAGACAGUGUAUCCUGUGAUUUUGAGUCCAUGCAAUGAUUUUCACUUCAGAGUGGAACGUUCCUAAUGCAGGUUUUAAGUUUCUAAUAAUGAAUCACAAACAGCAAACAGUAUGGAGAUAAAUCAGUCCAAUCUUUGUGAUAAAGCUGCUGUCAGAAAAGACUGGUGUAAUUGUAUACUAAAGAGUUUUUAAUGCUGCCUGAGGGCCUGAAAAUCAGGGCCAUUCAGAGUUAGUGUUCAACCCUGCCUCCUUAGUCCAGAGAUUUCUACAGAUUCUCUUAAGUUUUUAAUGAUACUAUAGACUGUAGACAAUCAGAAUCCUUAUUUUCUUCUUCUUUACAUUACUCUACAACUGUGAAGUAUUUGCUUAUUCAGUCCUUGCAUAGAGUGGUGAACCUCUUCCCAUCUUUACUUGCCUCUUAGCGAUGCUUUUUUUAUACCCAGUCAUGUUUUGUUUCAGCAUGACACACAUUUCUUUAAGUGUUUUGUUGACCCUGUGCAGACUGCUUUGAAAUGUGUGGUUUUGUGGAGAUCUGGCGUGCCAGUUCUGAUUUUGGUCUAUUCAGAUUGUUUCUGUUUUCAAACAAUAACUGAUGGCAAAAGCAAAUAUAUUUGUAGAUUUUCUGAGGUGAAAAUGUAUAUACAUGUGUUUAAAUAGUAUUGGGUUCCUGUGCUCUGGUCUUAUUUAGGUUCUGCUGUCCAAGAAUCAAACCCUUAUUACCCAUAUCUGUGUCUAUGUUUGUGCUGUGUGUGUAAAGUAAACAAAAAAUCUUUGACGUAUCUUUUAAAAACAUAAAUUUCUGCAUGAAGUUAACUCUCACAAAGGUUUAAACUACGUUACUGACACUGUCCUGAUCCCUUAGGUUGCUACCUCAUUAAUUAAUCAAAUUGGAAAAGCAGAUCGGUUCACUUUUUGAUCCCCUUCAGCUACUUUCUUCCUUCCUCCUGAAGGAUUUACGAAUAACUACAUUUCAUGACGAUUUCAUCAGCUGUUUCCUGCUGUCUCUUGCCUGUCUGCCUCUCUCUUUCAAACGCUGUUUGCUUAUUGUUUUAACAGUGGUGACUGCAGCUUUUCAGUUUUUGUUCAAGGGUUGUUAAGUCAUAUGUGAUCUUGUUAUCUCUGUGUUCAGCUCAUCUGCAGCAGCAGCAGACAAAGACAGACCUGGUAGCAGGGAUCAAAGUGUCCCUCAUCACCAACGGGCCCUGAGAUGACAUCACAGCAGCCGCAGCUCCCCAAUGCUGUCAUUCCUCCUCAGCUAGCCCAGAACUCCUCCGCUCAGCAGGCCCGACCUCACCUGCAGGCCAAUCAGCUGGACUCAAGUCAGAGCGGUGCGACUGCUGGGUCUGUGGACCACAGAGCUUUAACAGGCAGACCGGGCUGCUCCGGUGUGGUAGCAACUGGCGGGGAGGCGGCCAAUAGAAACGUUUCCGCAUCUCGUGCGAACUCCAGCUCAUCCAGGAGAGAUGGUGGCUUCGAGCCAUGGCCUGAGGAAGCAGUGGAUAACUCCCAUGGUCUGUACUCACUCCACCAAAUGUUUGACAUAGUUGGAGCCCAGCUAACGCACCGGGAUGUCAGAGUACUGUCAUUCCUGUUUGUGGACGUGAUCGAUGAGUAUGAGCGGGGUGGCAUCAGGAGUGGGAGAGAUUUCCUGUUGGCUCUAGAGCGCCAGGGUCGCUGCGAUGAGACCAACUUUCGGCAUGUUCUCCAGCUUUUAAGGAUUAUCACCCGCCAUGACCUUUUGCCUUAUGUCACCCUCAGGAAACGACAGGCUGGUGAGUAUAAGACAGUCGCCUCUAUGUGCACACCCAGCUUCAGGUACAUAUUUUAAAGGUAACAGCUUGAUGAAAACAUUUCACAAAGUUUAAAACACAGACCCUGCUUUUUUGUUGUCAGCAGCUGUAGAGAUAAGUAAAAGAUGAAGACAUUCCUGAGAUGAGAAUAGGAGACCAGAGCUGUCUUCACCUGCUUUAAUCAGAGGAGCAGAACAAGCUCUUAUUGGACUAACAUUAACAGUAUGGAGUGACUAGAACUGAGGAGGGAUUUCUGGUUCAUGAAAUAACUUUUGUUGUUGUUUGUUUUUCCUCAUACCCCGGUUCAGGGAGGGGAAUCUGCCUGAUUACUAACAUGGUAGCUGAUAAUUUUUAGAUGUAAAACAGUACUUUGUCUGCUUUUGUGUCGCUGUGGUCUACUGAUAUUAGUCUGAUUAGCUGUACAUGAAUACUCGGUUUGUUGCCGUUUUGGAGGCGAAACGUACCAUGUUAUUAUUUUCCAUCAUGAUGGCGUCAGGAUGGUGUGGCAGCUCAACAUUGGAGUGAUUGAAAGGGGCCAAAACAGCAUGUGAUCAAAAGAGAUGAAUGUGUUAAUGUUUGACCUUUGACCCUAAUCACAAAAUAGACCUGUGAGUUUUUUCAAAAGAUCAAAUUUGAACGCGUAUCAAACAUGAUGUAGAAAUGUUCGCUAUGAGACAAACAUAGCAGUUAUCUUACUAAGGAAACACUCGGACAGGGGUGACCCUCGCUUUUCACAGACAUAGUGUCCACAGACAUAGUGCAGUUUCUCACCUGCGUCAGGAACAGUACACGUAAUAGCCCUUUAGUACACUUGUAUAUUUGUUGUCAUGAUGACCGCUGCUUUGUACAAAGUUGAAAAACCCCAAAUACUUCCACGCAGUGCUUCUGCUGUGUUUUAGUGUUGUGAUUGUUUGGUCAGUCCUCCAUUUUCAUGGAAUAACAUUACUGUAUGAGUGUAUUAGAGAGUGCAUGGAUUGGUCAGGUUACAAUAAGAGCGCCCUCUGCGUACUUCAGGCAGCAUGAUACACUGGUACUCUGUAUUAUUAUGAGUCUGAGCGGCUCAUUACAGUUAAGAGUAUGAACUUUAAAAUGAAGGUUCAAAUUUCAGAUAAAAAGUAAGAGCCCUGCCAUACAUUAUACAUGCAGAAUGACCACAUUUGCAGGCACAGAAUACCCAUAAAUUUAUCAUUGGGCACAUUUACGGUCGGGUCUCCCUCACUAUAGUAACAUCAUUCAAUGUUUUUCCUCAGGGGCAGCUUUGGCAGUGUCUUCUCUAACUUCUGAUUACAAAACAGCGAUACACCUCAAAAUAGAAAACUGACAAACUGACCAAGUCCUGUCCUUGCGUGGCAUUUUAAGCGUUAACCUUAAAUACACAGGCAGCUUCUGCCACCUCCUUUUGUGUUUCCUUUCACCUGAUUGUUGUGGUCACCUUAAACCACUGGUUCUCAAGUCCAGUCCUCGAGGCCCACUGUCCUGCAUGUUUUGGAUGUUUCCCUGCUCCAACACACCUGAUUCAAAUGAUCAGCUCGUUAUCAAGCUUUGUAAUGGCGUAAUAACGAGCUGAUCAUUUGAAUCAGGUGUGUUGGAGCAGAGAAACAUCCAAAACAUGCAGGAGGAAUAGACUUGAGAACCACUGCCUUAAACCAAACAAUAUAAAGCUGUAGUCCUUAGAGAUGCACCGAUCCAUUUUUUUCCAAUCCAGUUCAAUACCGAUACUUGGGCUGAGUGUAAUGGCUGAUAUCCAAUACCGAUCCAAUACUUCUGUGGAAUGAAUGAACUGUAUAACUUGCUCUGUGAGUGAAGGCAUCAGGCUUGACAUUAGCCUUGUUAAAAAAAAGGUAACACAUUAACACAGAUAUAAAUUUACUUAAUAUUAUUUAUUAACAAAUAACAAAUUGCACAUUAGCACACAGCAAAAAGAAGUAGGGAUGUCCAUGUAAGCAUUUAGUGCAAGAAGAUAGACAGACAUAGCAUAUAGAGUGAACAGAAUCACUGAUAUGAUAUUAAUUAAAAGAAAAAAAAGUCUGGAUGGGAACGCUGGAUCGGCAUUAUUCAUCAGAUACCCAAUCCAGUUAAUUUGUCAAUAUCGGAGCCGAUAUCCGAUCCAAAUAUCAGAUAGGUGCACCCCUAGUAGUCUUUUUCUGCUCCUUUAAUGCAUACCUUCAGUAUAACUAUCACAGAGCUAUGAUGGUGGGAACAUGUAUCCCCACUGCUUUGCUGACAUCAUAGGUAGUUACUGAAACAUUACAGGGGUGGGUGGGUGUUUGCCUCUCGUGCAUCUGCAGUGUUGAAUCUUACACUUGGACACCAAUAUCGGAUCAGUAUGAAAGCACAGAGUUGACCAGGCGUCUUUACAGUGCUAUCACAGUCUUGUAACAUGAACAAAAACUUCUGUUGCGUUUGAACACAGACAUGAUGGUAUUUGUAGUGAGUGGUCUAGAGGUUGUAAAGGCCCAGGAUUUAAGAGUUGAUGUCAUUUACAGUUAGUCUACACAAGCAUGAACACGGUAGAGGGUGUGCAAACUAAGGUGAUGUUGUUCACCUCGAGCACAGAUGCAGCAUUAUUUCUACACUCUGUGUGCUGUUUGUGUGGGUGGGAUCAGCAGCUUUAAAAUUAACUCCAGGUAUCAUCUAUUGUUUCAGUGUGCCCAGACCCCGUCGACAAAUACCUGGAAGAGACAUCAGUUCGUUAUAUUUCUCCCAGAGGAGCAGUGCAGAACAAGGACACUGUGCCUCAUAGAAGAUCAGGUAGGUGUCUGUGCUUUAGACAAGAGUAGGACCACAAUCUGAAGUCCCUUUCCAGUGGGACGGAUAACCUCAAUCAACAUCCCAACUCUUGUCACUUUGCAGGUCCUCAGCCGGUCAUUUGCUGCUCCCCAUCUGGACCCCACGUCGGCCCUGCCCGAACAAAGCCGACACCCCCUGCACAGAACCGCAAACGGAGGAGAAGUCAUUCCUCAGCUGACUGCAGAGAGAAGCAAACAUGUGGUAAAAACAAACACAGCACAGAGAGGGAAAGGAUUUUCUGUCAGGUCUCCAAGAGAAGAAUGAAAAAAGAUCUCAGUCCAGUCACAGCGAGUGCAGGGACAGAAGAGCAUACCACUGUAGAUAACAAGAAACUUUCAUAAACAUGUCCACUAGUUAUUAAUGAGAAGCUAAUUCCAGUGAUUAUUCUGGAGCAGAGGAGACGUGUCCCAUAGAAUUAAACCAAGAUUAGGAUGUUAACUCAUCGGUCGAACCCCUUUUUUUCGCAGAUAAAAUCAGGUCCUACAUCUAAAGACUGCAAAAUCUAGAGAUAUAUUAUUUCAGACUAAAUCGUUUGGUUUUAUAUGUGGCCUUUGUUAACCAAGCUCAUCUUUAAUAUUUACACUCAGCUUGUGUUUUUAACUCUUCAGAUAUCCGCCUCCGUGUUCGUGCUGAAUACUGCCAGCACGAGUCUGCACUUCAGGGGAACGUCUUCUCCAACAAACAGGAGGCGGUGGAGCGACAGUUCGAGCGCUUCAACCAGGCAAACACUAUCCUCAAAUCCCGAGACUUGGGCUCCAUCAUCUGCGACAUCAAGUUCUCCGAGCUCACCUACCUGGAUGCCUUCUGGAGGGACUACAUUAACGGAUCUUUGUUAGAGGCUCUCAAAGGGGUCUUCAUCACAGAUUCCUUAAAACAGGCGGUGGGCCAUGAAGCUAUUAAACUGUUGGUCAAUGUAGACGAGGAGGACUACCAGGCGGGUCGGCGCAAACUGCUCCGUAAUUUGGUCACGAGUGGAGGGAGCCCACCGGGAGGGAGCAAAGACUCUGGAUCUUAGACUCCGGGUGUUGGCGUACAGCUGCUGUGCCUCUGGAUGGAGAACAGAGUGUGACAUGGACGUGUCGUUUGAGGUGCCUGAACAGUGUGCCUGAAAGGAACUAAAAGAACUUAAAGCCACCGUGUUGACUCCUGGAGGAGGACUAAGGUCAUAGGAAAUCAGCUGGGCACCCUGAAGAGUAGCAUGCGAGGUGACUGGGAACUGUGUUAGCAAAGAGAAACAGGUGAUGCAUUAACAGGUUGACAUUAUUCUGAAUGUUAAACUGCUCAUUUCUCCGAGGAGGAGGAGGAGGAGGAUCCUGAAUCAUGCUUGUAUUGAAUUUAAUUUCUUGUUCCAUGUAUGUAAGCUCAUUGACACACAUGUUAACUCUAAUGAUACUCUUCACCCCUCUCUCUAAAGUCAUUUUCAACGCAGGAAAGGCGCUUAACGCUGACGUGUUACUCCCAGUGGGAGUUGUACUAUUUGCCAAACUGGUUCAUCUUUUUUCCAGGUACUUGAGAUUGAUUGGAUCGAUCAAUGAGAGUGAUCUGUAUGUUCUGGAAAGGAAAAGACUCUUCUUGAUUUCAAACUUUGCUUUUUCUAUCUCUCAGCUUAUGACCCCCCCCCUCCCCUCCUUUGCAGAAUUUCCUCGUCUGUAGAGUUGAACAUUUCAGAGUCUUUUUAUCGACUCAAACUUUGUCACUUUUUGAGAUCAUUUGGUGUUUGCUUUGUUUUAACACAUUCUUUGUUUUAUGAAAAUGGCUCUUUAGCAGCAGAUGUGAUUCUAGUUCAAUUUAAAAAAAACUCAAUCGGUCACUACCCAUGCUCAAUGUUACACUUGACCUUUUAAAUGUGUCAAACACUGAGUCACUUGCUGGUGUUUUCAAAGCUCUGUCUGACUUUCAGUCCAAGUUUGUUCCCCCCUUUAAAAAGGAAAAAUCACAUUUGAAUCAACCAAGUAACUUUAAGAAGAAGGUUAACAAUCACAGCUCAUAUGUACAGUAGUGUGUUGUGCGGUAAGACUCCAGAAAAUAAAUAAAAAUAAGAUUUAAUAAGUCACAUGUUCAACUUCCAAACGUCUCCUCUGUGGUUCUUUCACACCUCCUGUGAUUGAGUCACUUGACAGCAAAUUUAAGCACCCAAUGUCAACGUUGAUUGAAUCAGCUGCUUUCAGUUGUGUCUCUACAAGCAUUUACAGACAGAGCUCAAGAUAGUCGUACUCAGGUUUAUAAAAGCGAUUCAGAAAGUAAAGUCUGGGGAAAAGAGAAAACUUAAAAAGUAAAAACAAAACAAAAGACGUCUUCAGUGUGGUCUGUGAUGCUAACCAAAACAGUGAAACAAACAUGUUGACGGUGUUACGUCUGGUUGCUCCUUGAAUUCUCCCAGUGGCUGAUGUCUGAGGCUAAUAUUUACUCUGUCGGAACAGCUUCAAAUCAAAACAGGAUUGUUUAUCAAGUAGUCUGGCGAUGUCAUACAGUUGUAACUCAAUGCUGCAAAUCUGCCCUCCUGCCUUGAAUCACUGGAGAACUCAAAAGGAUUAGCGGUGUAAAAAAAAAACACCUGACCUAAGACAAAUUUUAAACUGUGAUAAGUUUUCUUGAAUGGUUUGCUUCACAUUAAUCAGAUCAUCUUGGCUUUUUUGUUUUAAUUCUAUGACAGUGUAAAACCUUCAGAAAUGAUUGCACACCAGUGUCGAAAUUCACACCUAAAAGUCAGCUGUAGUUGUCUGUGAUAAAACAGCUCAUUGAUUAUCGUACCCUGUGGAUAAAAUAUGGUGACAUACUGUCAGAUUGGUAGUUCAGCUCAGUCAAUCAGUAAUUUGCUCUUUUCAAUUCAAACUUUGUCUGAUCUGACCAAAGUUUUCAGUUGCUCUUGAAUAAUUUUCAGUCAGAAUUAUAAUCUGGACAACAGAUCGACCGCAGUAUGAAGAUGGUUCAGCUUCAUCUCUCUGUAGUUAUUUUGUGGUUCAGGAAUACAGCCUUGUUACUCAGUGACAUACGUCUAACUCUUGUGUUAUGAAACACAAACACAGCAACUUGUGUUUGAUUUGUCCUAAAAAAUGUGAUUCAUGUGGAUGAUAUGAAACGUGUUCACUCUGGUGUAUCAAUGUUGGACACUCACAUGCCUUCCCACCCUGACCUCCUCACCCCUGAAGGUGUUCAGACCAAAGCAAAUUGUGAUGAUAACGUCUGGGGACGUGAAUAACUGAAAUGUAUAACUGUUCAUUUGAAUUAUUUCACUUCAGGCAAGAAAUCUCACAACACUGUUUCAAUAUUUACAAAUCUGCAUCCUAAUGUGUUUAUUUUAGCCUCAUUACACACUUGGUCAGUGGGAUCUGAGUCACAGGGAAACCAGUUUAUUUUCGGUUCAUGCUGCUGUUUCCAAUCACCGGGCACUUUUCAGCCUCAAAUAGUUUUAUUUACUGAGCUGUGCCAGUAUCUGCAGACACUGUGGCUUUGAAGUUUUCCAUGUUUUAAAGGACAGAGAUUUUGUUUGGUGUUUAAAUCAAUGUAACCCACGAAAAGAAAAGAGAUGUUCCAACUUGCUUGAGGAAAAAAGAACUUGUUUUGGUCUGAAGCAGUUUUACUUCUGUGCAUUACGCUCUACUACCCGCCGACUUCAGGCUCGGGCACUUAAUGCUGUGAUUUGAUUCCUUUGUUCUAUAAUCUUUAAUAUAGACAUGUUUCUUUGGACAAGAGUGGACACAUCUGUCAGGGGGGGCCGUAUAUUUUUAAAGUCUCCAAAUCCAAAUUGUGACUUCUGAUUCAAUGCAAACUCAGAGUACCUCUGUUUGGAAAUGUUUUGAUAUCCAUGAUAAUAUAUCAAAGUAUUAGCAUAAUGCUGUUUUGUGAUGAGAUUAUUUAGACUCUGUAAAAGACGUAGAGAAGAAGCUGAAUGUCAUUUUUAGUAAGAACUGUCAUUUAAAAAUGCAACUCUCUAAUAUUUGACAUCUUUCCUUCAUCUUUCUGUUUCUCAGUGCACAUAGCCAAAUGGUUGACAUAAAGUAAUCUGUGUACCCCAAUAAAAGUUCAGUGUAUGUUUUUUUACCUAAAUGUAUCCUUCCUGCUAACACAGCCCUGUCGUCUCUCUGUCAUCCUCGGGUACAUAUCAGAACACACCAAUCACAACCCACAGGCCGCUGUUACUGUGAAUUAUAUCUCGAUGGCCUACAUUUCUAUUUUCACCCCAGUGGAAGUUCAUGUAAAGGUUGCGAGUUAGUAUCUAUUAUAUAGGUUGGUGUAUGUUCUGUUGAUUGUAUGUUAUGUUAGUUGUUCAAUGCGGCUGUCUCUUAACGCAAAAUUGCAUGUAUCCUGUUCUGAUCUCCAGAAAUGUUCUAGAAAUUCUCAGUGCUAACAAUUUGUAAAUACUUUUAUUGGAUGUCAGCUUUUCUUACUUCAAAUUUUGCAUUUCUUUGAGGAAACAGACGAGUAGGAGUGUUAAUAAAUGAAAUGGAUGGGUUUCCGUGAA